UGUGACGGCCGAAUGCCCGAAGGGAACUCAAGCCUGCCUGUCCGGGUGUCUCUCAGUGCCCACGUAACCAUGGCAAGGAUAGGUCACAGCCUCCUGGUGUUCCUCUCUGCUCUCCUCCUCGCUCCUGCAGCGACUCUCAAUGACCAUACAUUCCACAGCCAGAAUGUCAUCGAAGCCGAUCCGGUACGAGUGAUGGUGUACCUGGAGACGCUGUGCCCAGACAGUAUCAACUUCGUGGUGAACCAGCUGGUGCCUGCGCGGGAUUGUCUCACAGACAUCAUGGCGGUUAACAUCACUGCUUACGGCUUCGCUUUGGAACAGCCUUCUGGAGACGGCUACACCUUUGAGUGCCAACACGGGCCGGGUGAGUGCAAGGGCAACAAGAUCGUCAUGUGUGCCAAGAAGUACUUGGACCAUGAGACCUACGUCGACUUCACUCUCUGCCUCAUGAGUGGCUUCUACCCACCUAUCGAGGGCGAGAAGUGUGCCGAGAGAGUGGGAGUGGAGUGGCAGCCCAUCGAGAACUGUUCCCAGUCGUUGGAGGGCGAGCAGUUGCUUCACGAGGCGGGUCUAGAGCAAGGACUUCUCGACCCGCGGCCUGACUGGAUGCCUUGGAUUAUCCUCAAUGAUGUGUUCACACAAGAGAACCAGCACGACGCACAAGAGGACCUCGUUGAACUUGUCUGUCGGUCGUACCAGGGCGAGAAACCCGAAACUUGUCCAGCUGAAACGAGGCUUUAAGUGCGCUGCUUUAUAGAGAUCGACGUCGAGAACAAUGACUGAGAUGUGGACGAGAUUUGCCUGGGUUUUAUUAGUUUUACUGUCAUUAUUAUUAUAGUUAUUGCUGUUGUUAUUGUUGUUAUUAGUGUUGAUAUUAUGUUCAAUAUUAUUAUUAUUAUUAUUAUUAUUAUUAUUAUUAUUAUUAUUAUUAUUAUUAUAUUAUUACUAUUAUUAUCAUUACCAUUAUCAUUAAUUUCAAGUUGUAGUUUCUGGUGACGGGGAUUCAUCAUAGAUUUUUUUCCAAAGGUUUCUCUUGACACCUGAAAAUAAAUUAAAUAUAAUGCC